CCCUUUGGGCCCCACAAUCGAUGGUUAAGAACUUCCUCCGCCUCGUGACUUUCGGAGAUCGCGGCCGGCGGCGCCUACAGCACGGCAAGGAGGUCACCUCGAGUGUCACUUUGAACUCGAGUGUGAUCUCCAACUGGCCUUCGAGUUGUAACUCGAAUGUCUGCGAUAGUGCGAGCACGGUCUGCGCCGUGAAUCGGAGUGCACCUAGGCGAGGAGUACCUGAAGGCGGCGGUGACCCGUGCCCUAGUCUGGGGGUUCAGUGGACGAUGAUUCGUCUGUACGCCCGGCUUUGGAGAGCAGUCGCUGCUAAGCAAGGUGUUUUGAAGAGGGAGAAUUAAGGUAAAGCAUCAAGAUGGCCUCCAUCCCAGAGAUGUUGAUGAACGAGAUCCAGCCCCCUCUGCAGACCUCGGGGGGCAAGGUGACCGUCGUGGGUGUCGGGCAGGUGGGUAUGGCCUGUGCCUUCUCCCUCCUGACGCAGCACAUCUGCUCGGAGCUGGCUCUCGUCGAUGUCAUGGCUGAUAAGCUCCGGGGCGAGAUGAUGGACCUCCAGCACGGUCUCACUUUCCUCAGGAACGUGAAAAUCGAGGCCAGCACAGACUUCUCCGUGACCGCCGGUUCUCGCGUCUGCAUUGUGACCGCUGGAGCCCGCCAGAGGGAGGGCGAGUCCCGCCUCUCUCUCGUCCAGAGGAACGUCGACAUCUUCAAGGGCAUCAUCCCCAACCUCGUCAAGCACUCCCCCAACUGCAUCCUCCUCGUCGUUUCCAACCCUGUUGACGUUUUGACCUACGUGGCCUGGAAACUGUCUGGUCUGCCCAAGCACCGCGUCAUCGGCUCUGGAACCAACCUGGACUCCGCUCGUUUCAGAUUCCACUUGUCCCAGAAACUCAACGUGGCUCCCUCGUCCACCCACGGCUGGAUCAUCGGCGAACACGGCGACUCCUCUGUCCCAGUCUGGUCAGGCGUGAACAUCGCCGGCGUUCGUCUCCGUGACCUCAACCCUCUGGUGGGCACACCCGAAGACCCCGACAAGUACAACGAGAUGCACAAGGAAGUUGUCAACAGUGCUUAUGAAAUCAUCAAACUGAAAGGAUACACGUCUUGGGCCAUUGGUCUGUCCGUGGCAUCUCUGGUGUCCAGCAUCUUGAAGAACAUGCGUUCCUGUUACGCAAUCUCUGUCUCUGUGCAGAACUAUCACGGCGUUGAUAAGGACGUUUUCCUGAGCUUGCCUGUGGUACUAGGUGAGAACGGCGUCACCCACGUCAUCAAGCAGACGCUGACAGACGCCGAGAAGAACCAACUCCAGAACUCGGCCAACACCUUAUGGGAUGUCCAGGCGGGAAUUCAGUUCUAAAUUCAUGAGAACUGAAGGUUAAAGCCUGAAACCUUCGACAUCCAGUUGCCAAAUCGCUAUCUCCGAAGAGUUUGAGCAGAGUGGUAUUCGAACGUUUUGUUUCAUCAGUGAGCAACGCCGCCAAAGCAACGCAUCAUGCUCUUCUAAAGCGGUCCAACCUUUUGCGAAGACCUUCCCAAGGAUGCUUUCGAAGCUAAGGAUGGAAGAGCAGAACGACGCGCUCACUCUCACUCUCUCUCAUUUGCCAAAGGAACAAGAGAUCCAGGACCUGAUUCUGCUUAUUUAAAACGGGCUUGUAUGUAGAGACUGUAAUCUUCACAAAUAGGCGUCUGUAGGGUUUUGAUUUUCAGAUCUGUCUAGUCUCGCUUAUAAUUGCACUUUAGUUCUAUAAAGUACCUCCUUUACAGAUAGUACUAUCCGCUGUGGACUGUAACCACGGCAAGUGAUGAUCAUAUUAUUUAAUAAUCUGAAUUCUGUAAAGCAGAUGCGUUAUAAGAAUGAGUUCCCCAAUAAACACUUUGAUUCAUAAUAAUAGCGGACUUAGGGUGCGUAAAUUUCAUAAUAAUAGCGAACUUAGGGUGCGUUAAUGCAUUUCACCCCCCAUUCUACAGAAGCGGUAUUUUCUUAUCAGUAUGCUUAAGAUGUUCAAAAAACAAAACAAAAGCAGUCUUGAUCAAGCUUAUGUGCUGUAUGUGAUAAUCAGUUAGUGGAAUGUGUUCACGAAGUACUAUAUAUAUAUAUAUAUGUAUCAAUUGGAGUAUUUGUUGCACCAUUUAUGAUCUUAUUUAAAGAUGUGACCCAUUUCAGAGAUCCUAAAUUUAGUAUGAAAGAAGGGGCAAGGGUCAACUAACGAUUUACAGCAUCUCUUGGUGACCUGAGGUAUACCUUUAUUUUCAAUUUGGCUUAUGACCAAUGCAAAAAGUAUUAUUGUCUCAUAAAAUUCAUGUCAUCAUUUUUUUUGCAGUAUUAUUUAUCUGAGAAUCUCUAUUUUCUGUAUCUUUUUUUCAUUAUUCUUUCAUGUGACGUAUAAGUGGCGAGUAAUGUUUGAUUGAGUGUUUCUGAUAAUAUAGGUUUUAAUAAAGUAUUAUAUAGUAAUUA